GAACCUGGGAGGCGGGGGUUGCAGUGAGCCGAGAUCGCGCCACUGCACUCCAGCCUGGGCGACAGAGCCAGGCUUCGUCUUAAAAAAAAAAAAAAUCAGAGAAAAGAGACAGGGGUGUCGGGAGUUGGGAUGGUGCACUGAGGCGCCUCGCGGAGUCUCUAGGAAGCGAGGGGGUGAGCAGCGAGAAGGAGCUGGAGGUGGCGAGGAAACCCGCUCACCGGUGACGUCACCGAGCGCCCCCCCCAUCCCCACCCCCAAGCGAGCACCUGCCCCUCCCGGGGGCGGAGCUCCGGCGCAUCAUGGCGGCUGGCCGGGCCCAGGUCCCUUCCUCCGAACAAGCCUGGCUUGAGGAUGCUCAGGUCUUCAUCCAAAAGACCCUGUGUCCAGCUGUCAAGGAGCCUAAUGUCCAGUUGACUCCAUUGGUAAUUGAUUGUGUGAAGACUGUCUGGUUGUCCCAGGGAAGGAACCAAGGUUCUACACUGCCCCUCAGCUAUAGCUUCGUCUCAGUACAGGACCUCAAGACUCACCAGCGUCUCCCAUGCUGCAGCCACCUGUCGUGGAGCAGUAGUGCAUACCAGGCCUGGGCCCAAGAGGCUGGACGAAAUGGGAACCCCCUGCCCCGAGAGCAGCUGUUACUUUUAGGGACACUAACAGACCUAUCGGCGGACUUGGAACAAGAGUGCAGGAACGGAAGCCUCUAUGUGAGAGAUAACACUGGCGUCCUGAGCUGUGAGCUCAUAGACCUGGACCUUUCUUGGUUGGGCCAUCUUUUUCUGUUCCCCCGUUGGAGUUACCUCCCUCCUGCCAGGUGGAAUUCCUCAGGGGAAGGGCACUUGGAGCUGUGGGAUGCCCCUGUGCCAGUGUUUCCUUUGACCAUCAGUCCUGGCCCCGUCACGCCUAUCCCUGUCCUCUACCCAGAGAGUGCUUCCUGCCUGCUCAGGCUCAGAAACAAGCUCAGAGGUGUGCAGCGAAACCUGGCUGGGAAUCUAGUUCGAUUGAGUGCUCUGGUGAAAAGUAAACAGAAAGCUUACUUCAUCCUGUCUCUUGGUAGAUCACACCCAGCUGUCACCCACGUGUCCAUCAUCGUGCAGGUCCCUGCCCAGCUGGUGUGGCACAGAGCCCUUCGGCCUGGUACAGCCUAUGUGCUGACAGAACUGCGAGUGUCCAAGAUCCGUGGUCAGCGCCAGCAUGUUUGGAUGACCAGUCAGUCCUCCCGUCUGUUGCUGCUGAAACCAGAAUGUGUGCAGGAGCUGGAACUGGAGCUAGAAGGACCCCUCUUAGAGGCUGACCCCAAGCCACUCCCCAUGCCCAGCAACUCGGAGGACAAGAAGGAUCCAGAAAGUCUUGUCCGGUAUUCUAGACUCCUAUCCUAUUCGGGAGCAGUCACUGGCGUGUUGAAUGAGCCCGCUGGCCUCUAUGAGCUGGAUGGGCAGCUGGGGCUCUGCCUUGCCUACCAGCAGUUCCGUGGCCUUAGGCGGGUGAUGCGACCUGGAGUGUGUCUGCAGCUCCAGGAUGUUCACUUGCUCCAGUCAGUGGGAGGGGGGACAAGAAGGCCAGUGCUCGCCCCCUGCCUCCGUGGCGCCGUUCUGCUUCAAAGCUUCUCUCGUCAGAAGCCUGGAGCUCACUCAUCCCGUCAAGCCUACGGGGCCUCCCUGUACGAGCAGCUGGUGUGGGAACGUCAGUUAGGACUUCCCCUCUACCUGUGGGCUACCAAGGCCCUGGAGGAGCUGGCCUGCAAGCUGUGUCCCCAUGUGCUGAGACACCACCAGUUCCUGCAACAUUCCUCUCCUGGGAGCCCCAGCCUGGGACUGCAACUCCUGGCUCCUACCCUGGAUCUUCUAGCUCCGCCAGGCAGCCCUGUUCGGAAUGCACACAAUGAGAUCCUUGAAGAGCCACAUCACUGUCCCCUCCAGAAAUACACUCGGCUGCAGACUCCCUCCUCCUUCCCCACUCUGGCCACCCUGAAAGAGGAAGGACAGCGUAAGGCCUGGGCCUCCUUUGACCCUAAGGCCCUUCUGCCCCUCCCGGAGGCCUCCUACCUGCCCAGCUGCCAACUCAAUCGCCGCCUGGCUUGGUCCUGGCUCUGUCUGCUGCCCUCUGCCUUCUACCCAGCCCAGGUUUUACUUGGGGUUCUGGUGGCUUCAUCUCAUAAAGGUUGUCUGCAACUUCGGGACCAAAGUGGUUCCCUGCCCUGCCUGCUCCUGGCCAAGCACUCUCAACCCCUCAGUGACCCACGGCUGAUAGGCUGCCUGGUGCGGGCAGAGAGGUUUCAGUUGAUCGUAGAGAGGGACGUGAGAAGCAGCUUCCCUUCCUGGAAGGAGCUGAGCAUGCCAGGCUUCAUCCAGAAGCAGCAGGCCAGAGUCUAUGUCCAGUUCUUUCUGGCUGAUGCCCUGAUCCUGCCUGUGCCCAGACCCUGCCUUCAUUCAGCAACACCCUCAACACCUCAGACAGAUCCCACCGGCCCAGAGGGACCCCACCUAGGACAGAGCCGGCUCUUCUUGCUCUGCCACAAGGAGGCCCUCAUGAAGCGUAAUUUUUGUGUCCCCCCAGGAGCAAGUCCAGAGGUGCCCAAGCCCACCCUCAGUUUCUGUGUGUUGGGGAGCUGGCUUGGGGGCACCCAGAGGAAGGAGGGGACUGGAUGGGGGCUGCCCGAGCCCCAGGGAAAUGACGACAAUGAUCAGAAGGUAAACUGGGACUCCAGGGACCCAGGACCUGACCUGCGCCCUGAGCCUCUGGCUAGGAUGCCAGCACUUUGCUCUCCAUCCUCCCAGGUUCACCUCAUUUUCUUUGGCUCUUCAGUCCGCUGGUUUGAGUUCUUGCACCCGGGACAGGUGUACCGACUCGUAGCUCCUGGCCCCCCUACACCAAUGUUGUUUGAAAAGGAUGGUUCAUCCUGCAUAUCUCGGCGUCCUCUGGAGUUGGCUGGCUGUGCAUCCUGCCUCACUGUCCAGGACAACUGGACUCUGGAGCUUGAAAGCUCCCAGGAUAUCCAAGAUGUGCUGGAUGCAAACAAGUCAUUGCCUGAAUCCUCACUGACCGACCUGCUCAGUGACAAUUUCACAGAUUCCUUGGUGUCUUUCUCCGCUGAGAUUUUGUCACGGACACUAUGUGAACCCCUUGUGGCGUCUCUCUGGAUGAAACUGGGGAACACGGGGGCCAUGAGAAGGUGUGUGAAGCUAACAGUCGCUCUUGAGACUGCUGAAUGUGAAUUCCCCCCUCACCUGGAUGUAUAUAUAGAAGACCCACACUUGCCUCCCUCACUAGGACUACUUCCAGGAGCCCGGGUCCACUUUAGCCAGUUGGAGAAAAGGGUUUCCAGAUCUCACAAUGUUUAUUGUUGUUUCCGGUCAUCCACUUAUGUGCAGGUCCUGAGUUUUCCCCCUGAGACCACCAUCAGCGUUCCCCUGCCCCACAUCUACCUGGCUGAACUUCUGCAGGGUGGUCAGUCCCCAUUCCAGGCCACUACCUCUUGCCAUGUCGUCUCUGUCUUCAGCCUUCAGCUCUUCUGGGUGUGUGCUUAUUGUACCAGCAUCUGCCGGCAGGGAAAGUGCACUCGCCUGGGCUCCACUUGCCCUACGCAGACAGCUAUAAGCCAGGCCAUCAUCAGGCUCCUGGUGGAGGAUGGGACUGCCGAAGCCGUGGUGACCUGUAGGAAUCACCAUGUGGCAGCAGCACUAGGGCUGUGUCCUAGAGAGUGGGCCUCCCUCCUAGAUUUCGUCCAAGUGCCAGGCAGAGUGGUCUUGCAGUUUGCAGGGCCUGGAGCCCAACUUGAGUCUUCAGCCAGGGUUGACGAGCCCAUGACUAUGUUCCUCUGGACACUUUGUACUAGCCCCUCUGUCCUCCGUCCUAUUGUGCUUUCUUUUGAGCUGGAAAGGAAACCGUCGAAGAUCGUCCCAUUAGAACCUCCUCGGCUACAGCGAUUCCAGUGUGGAGAGCUCCCUUUCCUGACUCAUGUGAACCCCAGGCUCCGAUUGUCCUGCCUUUCUAUCCGAGAGUCAGAGUACUCCAGCUCUCUGGGGAUCCUUGCUUCCUCCUGUUAACUGAACUGCAAGGAUGGCCUGAGAGUCCUUCCUUGCUGAAAACCUGAAGGCCUAGGUCCUGGCUCCUCCCCCUACUUGUUCAGUGAUUGAACCAAGGACUCCAGAUUCACAAACUGCUACUCCACUAUAAUUUCCCUUCUUUGGUGUUCUGGUGCCAGCCUGCCUUGGCAAAAUUGUGGCAACAGGAAAUCAUGGCACUAUUAAUAUGUCCUCUGAUUGGGACAAGGCACCUGCAUUCACAGGCGGCCCUGAGCACCUGGGUUCUGACUUUGUCGCAGGAGCUGAGGGAACAAAAGACUUGCUCGCUGUGGGGUGAUGGUGACAGGCCCAUUGACCUGCAAUGAAGCCCUCUGGUGUCA